UCGUCCCCCUCAGUCUGAUUUCACCCCAUCCAAAACCCUAGGCAAAUCGCUCCCCCUCCGCCGCGAAGAUGCAGAUCUUCGUCAAAACCCUAACGGGUAAGACGAUCACAUUGGAAGUCGAAUCCUCCGACACAAUUGACAACGUCAAGGCCAAGAUCCAGGACAAGGAGGGCAUCCCCCCGGACCAGCAGCGCCUCAUCUUCGCCGGGAAGCAGCUCGAGGACGGCCGCACCCUCGCCGACUACAACAUCCAGAAGGAGUCCACUCUCCACCUGGUCCUCCGCCUCCGCGGUGGCGCGAAGAAGCGCAAGAAGAAGACCUACACCAAGCCGAAGAAGAUCAAGCACAAGCAUAAGAAGGUGAAGCUCGCCGUGCUCCAGUUCUACAAGGUGGAUGACUCCGGCAAGGUGCAGAGGCUGAGGAAGGAGUGCCCCAACGCCGAGUGCGGCGCGGGAACUUUCAUGGCGAAUCACUUUGACAGGCACUACUGUGGUAAGUGUGGAUUGACCUAUGUCUACAAUAAGGCCGGCGGUGAUUGAGGUUCUUCUUUGCUAGUGCGAUCUCAGUUACAGGUCUAAAGUCGAUAAGCCCAAAACAAGUAACGGCUGGAAACUGGAUAUGGUUGAUUAUGCAAACUCUUGUUGAUUCUAUGAAUGAUGUGGAGUUAAUUUCUGUAUUUUGCAUUCUCAAAAAGAUGUUGGUCUGUGUGUAACCAGAUAAUGUUGGAUUGCUAUGAUUGUAUAAGCAAAAGCUGAGUCUUGAGUUAAUAAGAUUAACAAUGUUCUCUGAA